AUGGAAGAUGAAUUUGGAGAUAAAGUUGUAGCACCUGCAGAACCAAGAACUGCUGUUAUGAGAGGAGCCGUUUUGUUUGGUCAGAGUCCAGCUGAUAUAAAAACAAGAGUUUCAAAGUAUACCUAUGGUAUCGCAACAAUGAAAUGUUUCGAACCAGGAUUACAUUCAGAAAAGAAGCGUAUCGUGAUUGAUGGGCGUGCGUAUUGCGAUGAUAUCUUUGAAAAGCAUGUCACUAUUGGACAAGAGAUAACUGUCGGACAAAGCAUGAAAGAGAUUACCUAUUACCCAACUAUAGAUGACCAUGCACACGCUGUUCUGCAUGUGUUCGCAAGUUCAAAAGAAAACCCCGAGUACGUGACGGAUGGAGACUGUCGGCAUGUUGGCCUCGUGCUUGUGGAGAUGGACACAGGCGGUAACAGGAACUUUGAAAUCAAAGUUAAGCUGAUAUUUGGUGGAACCGAGAUACAAGUGGAAGUCCGCGAUGGACAUGGAAUCUUGAUGAAGGAAGUGAAGAUGACUUUUUUAGUUUAG